CGGCGAGAGAAAACUGGAUGCGGUUUAAAGUGGGAGAAAUCACCCGCGCGUCAGGAAACGCUUUAGUGCACAGUUUGCGCGGUAGGGCUGCGAGAAAGGAUACGCAAACUAGUGUGGGGGCAAGAAGUAUAACAUGGGCUGCGUGUCUGCAUAGUGGAUCUCCACCAGGCAGCUGAGUGAAGAGCGUGUUCAGGAGAGGAAGAUCACCCAGCAUGGACGUGGAAGAGUUCCCUCCUCCUCCGCCUGAAAUAUUGGCAGGUGAGGUCCCGUUUGCCGAUGAAGACGAGGGGGAGGCCUUUGACUUCGACGACAGCGGCGAUGAGAUCCCCGAGGCUGACCGCCCUCCCCCGACCCUGCCGGCUCCUCUAGCCCCCAACGACGGGACUCAUGCCCAGGUCAACCCUGUGACCUACCCCCCAGCGGGUCAGCCCCCCAAACUGGACCCCCCAGCGACCCCCCUCACAGUUGACAGUGCCGCGUCAUCCGCAGACACAACAGUUGCCAUGGAAACGACCUCCACAACAGGUGGUACAAGUGGAGAAGGAGAGGCAGCACCUGCUGCCAAGGACACAGAUUUCCCCUUACCACCUCCUCCUCCUCCUGAGGGUGACACCGGAAGUGAAGCCCAGGAUGUGGCCAGUAGUGACCCUCCCCUUCCUCAGGCAACCCCGAGGACCAUUUCCCAGGGCAAGGUCAACCCCUACUCUGUGAUUGACAUCACCCCCUUCCAGCCGGAGCAGCUGGAGCAGCAGUGCGGGCCCGCCCCUUUCCCUUCCUCCCCAGUUGAGCCCAAAGACUGUGAGGGGGAGGCCCAGGAUACUCCCGCCAGCCCUGGCGGCAUCACCUCAGGCUACUCAGUCCCCGUACCCUGUGGCUAUGCCACCCCCUCCGGAGUGCCCCUCAUCACACCGGCCUACACCACACCAGUUAUCAUCAGACACCUCUCCAUGGACGAGGACGUUACCGUGGUUGGGACAAGCAACAUCUGUGCUGACAGUGUGUUCAGCGAAGAAUACCCGCCUAUUAGAGAGGAGGAUGCCUUGACAAAAUGGGUGUCAGAUCCUGCCAACACUGCAUGGAUGGAAAACCCAGACGAGGUGAUUUAUGAUGACGUGCCCAGGGAGAACUCUGACUCCAACACAGAGCCAGAUGAAAUGAUCUACGAUGACGUGGAGCUGGGUGAGGAGGGCGGCUGCAGCAGCUCUCUGGACAACGGCUGGAGCUCCAGCGAGUUUGAGAGCUAUGACGAGGCCAGCGACGGGGAGGGCCGCCCUGAAAACGGCCUACCCCAUGCCUUCAUGAGAGGCAAACCUCCCCAGAGGAAGAACCAUCUCUCUCAAGAUCUGACACGCUUGAAAGAACACUAUGAGAAAAAGAUGAAAGAUCUUAUGGCAAAUACGGUGGGGACAGUAGAGCUGCAGCAGCUAAAACAGAAACACGAGCAGAAGAUGCAAAAGCUGGUGAAGGCGGCGAAGGACGGGACCAAAGACGGGCUUGAGAAGACCAAAGCAGCAGUGAAGAAGGGACGUUCAUUCAUCAAGACCAAGUCUUUUUGUCACGAGAGGAAGUCUGCCUGCUUUGAGGAUGAGGAGUCAGAGCUCUUCAUAGAGGUUGACUGUUUUAAUGUCGAGCCGGUACUUAGCCCGGCCCCAGAUGGACUUUCACAGCAGCAGCUGGUGAGAAGAUGCAUUUUGGGCUCCAUAUUGGAAAGUGAAAAGAACUAUCUUGAUGCGCUGAAGAGGAUAUUGGAGCAAUACGAGAAGCCCCUGUCCCAGAUCGAGCCGAGGCUGCUGAGUGACCGGAAACUGAAGAUGAUCUUCUACCGUGUCCGUGAGAUCCUGCAGUGCCACUUCCUCUUUCAGAUCGCCCUCGCCAGCCGCAUGACCGAGUGGGACAACCUGGAGAUGAUCGGCGACGUCUUCGUGGCAUCGUUCUCCAAGUCCAUGGUGCUUGAUGCCUACUGUGAGUAUGUGAACAACUUCAGCACAGCUAUGGCGGUGGUGAGAAAGACCUGCGCCGCCAAGCCCGGUUUCCUGGAUUUCCUCAAGCAUCGUCAGGAGACCAGCAGUGACAGGGUGACUCUUUACAGUCUGAUGAUGAAACCUAUCCAGAGAUUUCCACAAUUCAUUCUGCUCCUCCAAGACAUGCUGAAGAACACACCUGUCGGCCACGCGGACCGCCUGCCCCUGCAGAUGGCCCUGACAGAGCUGGAGACGCUGGCUGAGAAGCUCAACGAGAAGAAGAGAGAGGCCGACCAGCGUUGUGAGAUCCGUCACAUCGCCAAGGCCAUGAAUGAGCGCUACCUCAACAAGCUCCUGAGUAACGGCAGCCGCCACCUGAUCCGCUCAGAUGACAUGAUAGAGACGGUCUACAACGAGCGUGGUGAGAUCAUCAAAACCAAGGAGAGACGCCUCUUCCUGCUCAACGAUGUGCUCAUGUGUGCCACACCCAACAUCCGAUGCAGUCAGGAUGGCAGCGGGAGUGGCAGCAGCAGUGCCCCUCUGGGCCAGAAGUUUCUGCUGAAGUGGAGCGUUCCCCUGAGCCUGGUGGAGGUGCUGGAGUUUGGAUCCAGCGAGGACAUGGCCGACAACAGCCGCUACCCAACGGCCCACUCAGGGGAGAGAGUGGUCAUCAAUGCCAAGCCAAGCAAGCUGUACAUGGGCCCAGGUCAGCUGUACCAGGACCUCCAGAACCUGAUCCAUGACCUCAGCCUGGUCAACCAGAUCGCAGGCAUGAUCGGGAGCUUAAAGGGAAACUACCAGAAUGUGAACUCCACGGUGGCCCAGGACUGGGUGUCAGGUCUCCAGAGACUGAUUCUGAAGAAAGAAGAGGAGAUCAGGGCAGCUGACCGCUGUAGGAUCCAACUCCAGUUGCCUGGCAAGCAGGACAAGACAGGCAAACCCACAUACUUCAGUGCAGUAUUCAAUACCUUCAGACCAGCCAUCAAACAGUCAUGGAUCAGUAACCUGCAGAUGGCCAAGUUGGCACUAGAGGAGGACAACAUACAGGGCUGGUUCUUUGCGGAGGACGACAGCAAUCAGAUCAAGAAGCAGAAGCACCCUCUCCUGCUCCGACAGAUGCCGGUUGUCAUGUCUAAACUACAGGAGUUCAAAGUGGAGUGUGCAGUCCACAACCCAGAGCCCCACAUCAACAGUGAGAGUACAGCAGACACACCGGUCCUGGGACAUGGCUGUAUCUGGGUGGCUAGUUGCACCAACCAGAUGGGACAGAUAGCCAUCGUGGCCCUGCAGAACUCCAACCCCAAGGUGACAGAGUGCUUCAAUGUGGAGUCGCGUAUCCUCUGCAUGGCCUACAUCCCCACAGAGCAGCCUCAGGAGAACGGGGAGGCAACAGCUGAAAACAACCAGCCCCCCCAAAGAAAAGCCAGUGACACGCCCACUGUAUGUCUGGGCAUGGAGGAGGGCAGUAUCAUAGUAUAUAAGAGCAGUCAACGAUCUAAGAAAGUACGCCUGCAGCACUUCUUCACUCCGGACAAAUCCACCGUCACCAGCCUGGUCUACAAGAAACACUGUCUGUACGUCGGCCUGGUCAGUGGCUCUGUGGCUGUCUACUCACAGACACAAGACGGAUCGUGGAGCUGUGACUGCCCCAAGCUGCUGAAGCUGGGGGUUCUCCCAGUGAAGGCCAUGCUGGCUGUGGAGGAGCAUGUCUGGGCGUCAUCUGGGGGACAAGUCUUCAUCAUCAGCACCCACACACACUCUGUGGAGAGACAGCUGGAGGCCCACCAGGAGGAGGGUAUGGUUGUGUCCCACAUGGUGGUGGCCGGCGUGGGCAUCUGGAUCGCCUUCAGCUCGGGCUCCACCCUGCGCCUCUUCCACACAGAGACCCUGGAGCACCUGCAGGACAUCAACAUCGCCACGCCCGUGCACAACAUACUGGCUGGGAACCAGAGGGUUUCAGUGAGCAGUCUUCUGGUGUGUCACGGCCUACUCCUGGUAGGUACCAACCUCGGAGUGACCGUGGCCCUUUCUGUGCCCAGACUGCAGGGUAUCCCCAAGGUCACAGGUCGGGGUAUGGUGUCCUUACAUGCCCACAACGGACCGGUCAAGUUCCUCACCAUGGCCGCUGCCGUGUGCAACCGGCCCCCUGGUAUCCCAUCAACAAAUCCUCCUCCUGCUCCACCCCAACCAACAGAAGGAGAGAAUGGAGACAAGACCCAGACUUCCCUGGACACUGCCCCAAAUCCCCCCCAAGGACGGGGCGUGUGGCUGGGGGAAGCGGGCUGCACCACCAUGGCCCUUCAGGACUCCAUCUCCACCUCAUCCUGCGGCUCCCUGGCUCUGUCUCAGGGCUCUCUGGAGCACGGUCCUGAGGACGGGGCCCUGUACGACCUGCUCCAUGACCCGGCCCACCACCAGAGGGGCCGCAAGUCCAGCAAGAUGGACGUAAGCUCUCUGCUGGUCAUCUCUGGAGGCCUGGGUCACCGCAGGGUCAACAGGAAGACCAAGCAGUCCCGCCAUGAGGACACAGCUUCCACUAUCAUGAUCUGGCAGAUCCCAUUGCUCAACAUGUGACAUAAAGAGAUAAACAUCAGCAUAUUCCCAUAGUAAGCAUGGAUAAAAUGUCGGAAACGCUGCUGUCCCUGCUCACAGGCACCUGUUACACUCCCGGGGAGAUGUGUUAUAUAUUUCAAUUAACAUUUGGGAUCAAGCAAGUCAAAUAAACAUCUAAUUUGUCAUGUUUUGUAUGUACUUGCAGUCGACUGCAAUACAGCAUUUGGAAUUCCACAAGGCUCCUAUUGCGGUCCUACAGACUUCUGCUUUCCAGAGACAAAAUGUGUGAAUGUGCCAUUGGACGAGAACGGAUCCAUAUAACCACUUAAUCACCAUGCCUGAAUAAGCCCACUGAAUAGGACAUAUAUCUUAGUAUGACAGAACCCUGUUAAAAUGGAUGUAUUGAUUUAACACAACAGGAAAAAAACACUGAAAUGUACUUAACUUUACACCUGUGCAAAGUUGCCCCUUAUCGUUGCAUUACACAGUUAUAUAUAGACUUUGUGCCAUGUUGGUUGACUGUAUAGGACUGCAGUAUUAAAGCCAGUGUUGAAAAGUUAUUUGGGCAGACAGGCUACAGAUAUUACCGUGUCAUGCUUGGACAGAGAGUGAGAGGAUAUUGGGGCUUUGGAAAUGUUUUGCUAAUGAUUCACGGUUGGGAAGGUUACGUGUUCUGACUCACUAUUUAGUUCAUCUCUCGUGGCAACUUCACAGUUGUAAGCGUUGAAUAUCGCAAACUCACUUUAUUACAUGUAUAUUUGUUUUGUGGGUCAGGGAUAGGUAUGUUUAUACGGAAUUGAUGUUGUUUUUUCCUUUUUGUUUUUACACUGAAGAUAUUUCGGUGCUCCUACCUUUGUGCUGCAAGAGAACGCUUGAGAGCAGAUUAAACAUACGAGUCCAUGAAAGGAGAACUCCUGGCUGGCCAGGUUUCUACUGACACAGAUGGAAGAUAUUAUCCCUAAGAGAGAUUUUGUUUUGUUUUGUUUUGUCGUGCCCUGAUGCAUUUUUCUUUCCUCACUCAAGGGUAUUUAAAAAAAAAAAAAAAAAGAUAAAAAACUUUAUACUAUUUUCAUGUUUGUAUGUAUUUCGGUUAUGUAUAUUAACAGAUCGAUAAACAAUGUUUUCUUCAGAAGCCUUGUUUAGUCUCAUGUUACAUCUCUGUGGGCUGGUGGUUAAAAGAGGUAUAACAUAUGGCAGCAGGUAAGAGAAAAAGAAGUGAUGAUUCAGUGCUAUGUUGUGUUAAAAUGUCGAUACUCAGUUCAGUCAUCUAGACAGGGACAGGCAGUGUGCCAUGGAGGGCCGUGUGUAUGCAGGGUUUCUUUCCAUCCCAACGCUUGACCAAAUUAUUUCAGUAAUUAGUCCUCUCCUGUUUGGU